AUGCCAAAACGAUUCCUCAAUGUUGAAUACAACACUAUUUCUACUGAAAUCGAUGUGACUGACUUUGAAGACCUGAGUGAAGUUCAGGAUGCUAUCAAGUCUGAGUAUGUCGUGUAUGAGAGUGGAGUUGAUCAAAAAAGAUAUCUGCUUACUCCCAAUGGUGUAAUCGAAGGAGGAAAGCAUGCUUUUUGGCAAAUCUUGGAUUCCUCGUCAACAUUCUACAUUGUUGAUGGCUCGGCACCUGUUGAUGUUGAUGCCAAGACCAUUCUUGUUACUUUACCUCGUUGGGAAAUUUGGCAUCGGUUUUGCAAGGGAUCCUGCGACAUUCGGUAUAUGCCAGUGUGGUCAAAAAAAGAAUUGCAUUCUUGUCGCUCAAUGCUGUUUCCUACAGUUCCACAAGAAUUGGUUGAAAGUCUGUAUUUGAAGUGGGGAGGAAUUGCUCGUUAUGUUCUUAAAUAUGCAUUGGUAAAAGAACAACAGGAUUUUCUCGACAAAGCUUUAAAUAUUUCCAAUAUCGAUUCAGUUGUCAAGUCUUUUGGUAAAUAUGGUGAAAACCUAGACGCUUCAAGUUGUUUGAUUCAUAUAUCAGUCAAGGAUGGCUUCCACAGUGGUCCUUAUCAGUUUGCUUCUGACUAUGUGGUUGAUGAAAUUUACAACCGUGUCUAUGUCAGAGACCGAGAUCAUCUUAUCAGAUUCGUUUCUGUCACUCGAGAAAUUGGUGAAACUGGUCAACUUAAUAGGGUAUUAUUUGAAAAGCACGCUCAUACAGUCAUCGCUAAAGGUGGUUCAUUCAAGAUUCGUGAUUUACGUACCAAGCUGGAGUCUACACUUCAACUGCCGAUGGAUCUUACUACUUUGUUAUUGUCCAACAAUUCUCAAGUUCAAGACGCAACGAAUUGCUAUUUCCGUCCCAUUAGCAAUACUUUUGAAUCUGUUGAUUCGUUCAUCAAGCCAAAUCUACUUUUCCAAAUGACCGGUGCCAAAGAUCAUCCUUGCAAACAGACUGAACUUUGUGAUGUUUUGGAAAUACUUGGUAAUCCGUCAAAACCAGAACUGUAUUUUGUUGUACCUCCUGAUCGUUUUGCCUGUUUUACACGCCAAAGCUACCACGGAACAGAUGGCCAAGUGUUGUCACAAAACGAUACUAUUGCGAGUGUCAAGAAGUUGACUCGAUUUGUUUUGACGUUUGAACCAUCUCAUCAAUAA